UAUAUCUUCCACUUGGACACGACCAGUACGUCCAAUUUCCAUAGCUCUGUGCGUCAUUUCAGUAAUAAAUUCAAUAACUAGAUCUUCUAAUAGGUCGACACUCUCUGUAUAAGGAUUUUGAUCAUCUCCAAAACCAUACAUCAUACAGCGUAAUUCUUUUGAAAACAAACGUUUUCUACCGCCUGGUAAAGUUCCACCGAUCGGAAUUUCUGCUUCUUCAUCUUCAAACUGUAAUUAAUUUGAUUAAAUUUCAUUCGUAAUUCUUAUCAACAACUUAUUUGACUAAGAAUAGUAAAAUUAAGCACUAAUAAUCAAACUAAAAUUUAUUUUAAGUAACUAAUAACUGAGGUUAGAAACUUCUUAGGUUCAUAUUAAAAGUGACAUAUUUUUUAAAAAGUGAAAUUUGAUAAGUUCAAAAAUACCUGUUCAAAACCUUCUUCCGUAGUCAUAAUUUUACAAAAAUUGAUAAUUCUUUUACAAAUUUGAAAUAUGGUUGAUGCAACUAUUUAAAGAACACCACGUAAACAACUAGCAAAUGAAAUCAGUUGAAAUUAGUCUUACUAAUUCAAACAGUUCUCCAACAUUUUUGUUAUAUGUAAGAAAGUGUGGUUAAAUUAAAGAAUACGUUUGUAAAAAAUGAUAAAUAUCCUGUAAUUUUAAUUAAAAUCUUUUCGAAGAAUUGAAAAAUCAUGUCAUCAGCUAUUUUACCAUCAAAAAGUUUGAAAGAAACUAAUCGUAUUUAUAAAGAACAACGAAAAAAAUGGCGGGCAGAGAGGUUAGCAAAAAAAUUGAAGAAAGAAGAAAAUAAACAAAACUUAAGCAAUGGAAAAAUAAAACUUAUUGAGGAACAUUUUACGAAAAAAGAUAUUUCAACUAUCAGUAUUGCCGUUCCUGGAUCAAUUUUGGAUAAUGCCCAAUCCCCAGAACUUCGAACGUAUUUGGCUGGGCAGAUAGCACGUGCGGCAUGUGUUUAUAAAAUAGAUGAAAUUGUUGUGUUUGACGACAUAGGAGAAGUAACUGAAAAUGAAAAGAAGAAACUGAGAAAGGACGAAGCUCUAGGUGAAAGAAGAAUUGCAUGUUUACAGUUGGCUAGAAUACUACAAUAUCUUGAAUGUCCACAAUACUUAAGAAAGUAUUUCUUUCCAAUUCAUAAAGACUUACAAUAUGCUGGAGUAUUAAAUCCUUUAGAUGCUCCGCAUCAUUUGCGUCAGAAAGAUGUAUCUUUAUAUCGAGAAGGAGUAGUUACAAAUAAACCAAUUAAAAUUGGCAAAGGCUCUCAUGUUAAUGUAGGAUUAUUAAAUGACAUUCAUGUAGACAAGGUAUUAACUCCUGGAUUAAGAGUUACCGUAAAAAUACCUGAAGAUCAACCAAAUCCAAAAAAAUUAAAAGGAUUUAUUGUACCUCCUGACAUUCCUAAAUCAGAUAUUGGCAUAUAUUGGGGAUAUACAGUAAGAUUAGCUAAUAAUCUUACAGAAGCAUUAACACAAUGUCCUUAUAAAAAUGGAUAUGAUUUGACAAUUGGAACUUCAGAUAAAGGAACAUCUAUUGAUGAUAUAAAACUCCACAGUUUGGAAUACCAUCAUGUGUUAAUAAUUUUUGGAGGUUUAUGUGGAUUGGAAGCUGCAGUGGAUGUUGAUCCUAAUUUGAAUGUUGAUGAUCCAUCUUUGGUAUUUCAUAAAUAUUUGAAUACCUGCCCUCAGCAAGGAUCAAGGACUAUAAGAACAGAAGAAGCUAUUUUAAUUAGCCUAGCAGAGUUAAGAAUGAAAUUAUUUCCUAAAGCUUCUCCAUUAUCCGUUCCCCAGUUUAACAAUUUUAUAUAAAAUAAAAAUGUUAAGUGUAGACAAAAAUUCAAGUAUACCUGUUCUGGAUUAGAAACCAUCAUAUGAGUUUCAAAAAAAGCAUCUUUUAUUUUACUGCGAAGACAUUUUACCAACGGAUGACCAAAAGUAAGGUUAGGUACAAAAUGUCCAUCCAUAACAUCUAAAUGUAAAUAAUCAGCACCGUUAUUAAUUAAACGUUGAGAUUCUUCUGAAAGUUGAGCCAAAUCAGCAUUCAAAAUCGAAGGUCCAAUUUUUGCAACUACCUUCUUUUCCAUUUUUAUCGUGUAAAUAUUAAGAGCACGUGGUCUUGUCAACGAUGAUAAGGCGUUAUCGAGUAACCCAAUGAUCUAACUUUCAAGGUCAGUUGUGGUUGAGUUGCAUUAAGUAAGAGCCGUGACGUUUCUUAUAAUAAUAUUAACAUAAUAUUAUUGCUUUUUUAUAACAACAUAACAAUUUUACAAAUAAAUAAAUUGAAUAGAAAGGUAUAAAUAAAUCACAAAUUUAUAAACACUUUCUGUAUGAAAAGAAAUACAUUUAUUUUUACAUAAAAAUAUAGCGUUUCACAAUAGAUACUAGAUUAUGAUAAACAAAAAAAAAAUAGUUUACGAUACUUAAUACAGUACUUAAGACAGAGGUGUCGAACUGCCUCCCCUUAUACUAGUGACUCUUGAUCAGCGUUCCCCCACUACCUCUACUCUAGGAACUGCCCGAGACUGUUGUGUGAGAGCAGCAGCUCUAUGUAAAUACUUAAUGUUCAAUCAGAGGCAGGUAAAAGUAAGUAGAUAGGUAUGGAGAGGGUAACUCUCCGUGAGGGGAAAGUCACUAUGGAGCUUGCGAGCUCCCAGUUCAACACCCCUGGUUUAAUAAAUAAAUAAUUCGUUAGAACUACCCGCAACUUCGUUCAAGAAGUAUUACAAAAAACUACAUUACACUUAAAUAUUAAAAUAGUUCGAUAGCUAUUUCGGCUAAAAUCGGUGACAUAAUCGAAUAUAAAAAGUCCUUGGCACGCUAAAAUCGUUCAUAAAAUUUUAAGUAAAAUUGUGAUUACAUUCUAUUAGUAAUAACGAAACAAAACGUUGCUAAUUCCCGAACAAAUCGUCGAGUUUUCAGUACUAAAAUAUAAUUCUAUUACGUAGAAUUAUAAUACAGCGCUUAUAUAUUAAAACAAUACCAUUUGAUUUGAACGAACACUGAAACUUGACACAUGGAGAUUCUAUACUAUCCCGUUUGUCUCGCACGUCGUAUUAUGAAAAGGUGACUGAUCAAAGCAAUCGAGACUUAUCCUUUGCUGACUCUUCAAUUAACCGUCUGGUCCACUUUUGUUUCGGGCUAUAAAAGAAGCAUUCGAUUAUGCUCAACAAAU